GGGACUCCAGGCCCCUUCACAGAGUGCCUCGAUUUCCCAGACUACAUUGCUCGUUGUGGAUCCGCCAUAUUGCCUUCGUCUAAACGCGCUGGCUGGAUCGGUUCGUAUCCACAACUGAAAAUUGUCGCAGUGAUGACUCAGACAGUUCAGACCAAUGGGGUCCAGCCCCUCAGUAAGACCUGGGAACUGAGUCUGUAUGAGCUACAGAGAACUCCACAGGCACAGGAGGCUAUAACGGAUGGACUGGAGAUAGCAGUGUCGCCCAGGUCCUUGCACAGCGAACUAAUGUGUCCUAUCUGUCUGGACAUGCUGAAGAACACAAUGACAACCAAAGAAUGUCUGCACCGCUUCUGCGCUGAUUGUAUUAUUACAGCUUUGAGAUCUGGAAAUAAAGAGUGUCCUACCUGUCGUAAGAAGCUGGUGUCCAAGAGGUCGCUGCGUCCAGACCCCAAUUUUGAUGCUCUGAUUAGUAAGAUUUAUCCCAGCCGUGACGAGUACGAAGCCCACCAGGAGAGAGUGUUGGCCCGCAUCAGCAAACACAACAACCAGCAAGCCCUGUCCCACAGCAUAGAGGAGGGGCUGAAGAUACAGGCCAUGACCAGACUGCAGCGUGGCAAGAGACACACAGUGGAAAAUGGUAGCGGAGCUGAGGACAACGGGGACUCCUCCCACUGUAGCAACGCUUCUGUCCACAGCAACCAGGAGGCAGGUCCAAGCAUCAAGCGCACCAAGACAAGUGAUGAUAGCGGUUUGGACAUGGAUAAUGCUGCUGAGAAUGGGGGUGGGGACUCUGUGAUUGAUGGCGGGGCAAGUGAAAUAGAACUGGUGUUUAGGCCGCAUCCCACCCUGAUGGAGAAGGAUGACGGUCAUAACAGUGUGGAGUUUGUCCCCCGCUACAUUAAGACAUCCGGUAAUGCCACUGUGGAUCACCUGUCUAAAUACCUGGCUGUUCGAUUGGCUCUGGAGGAGCUGAGGAGAAACACUGAGGCCAGUCCUGUUAAUGUGGAGGCAGCUUCAGAGAAACAGUACACCAUCUACAUACCUACCGCUGGAAACCAGUUCACUGUUCUAAACGGUUCCUUCUCUCUGGAGCUGGUCAGUGAAAAGUACUGGAAGGUGAACAAACCCAUGGAGCUCUACUUUGCCCCUACUAAAGAACACAAGUAGACACCUGAAAACACACACCAAUACAUACACACUCACCAGUAAGAAGUAAACAGAUGGACUUGGCUACACCUGCACACAGAGAAACAAGAGGAGAGGAAUGUGUAUGCGUGAAGGAAACGAGAGGGGUUGGUGGAACCCUCCAAAGGACUCUUGUAAAAUGAAAAACCUUGUUUUAUAUUCUCUGUAUCCUUGUGUCUCUUUUUAUCAUUCUCUCAGUAGAAGGUAGCAGAUCAAUACAGCAGCCAGCAGGGAAAUUGAGGUAACCUGCUGCUGGAUUCUAACUCAAAAAACCAGGCUCCAUUCACAGUCUGAAGUAGGAAUGUGCUGGUUUUCCAAGUAAAUAUAUUGUAUUAUACCAUGGUUGUCACCAAAGGCCUCUUGAUUUUGGUCUGCCCCAAAUCAAUAUCAGAGAGAUUCUUUGGCUGCCGGUCCAAAGCAGUGGCCCUAGAACUCACUGAGAUACAUCCACCAGAGCGGUGGAGACCAAAGCCACCUGUGUGGACCAUAUUGUUAAGAUGGGAUUUGUGCUACAACCCACAGCUCCAACUUGACCAAGCUGGAAACAGCAUGAAAUAAUGCAGAAUACCUAGCUGAUGCCAACACUGUGGAAGCCCAUAAACAUAUACACAAAGAUACCACAUGGGAAUGUGCUUUUUAACUGUGCAUGCCCAUGUAACAUAAAUCUGACAUGUAGGGAAGCAAAGACAGGCCAUAAUAAUUAGACCUUUGUAUUCAGUCAAAAACCUGAGCCUCACUGAAUUUGUAGCAUUGGAUAUUUAUCCUUAAAAUUAGCUAUUGUAACUUAGGUAGUUUGAAUUCCCCUCUGACAUUUUCAGAUCAUUUUAGGUUUUGCUAUUUUCAAACUUUUUCACAGAUUCUUUUGGGCUUCUAGAGUCUAAACAGUUUGUAAUCUGACCUGUCUUUCUCGGAUCACAUGACUGACAUAGUGGGAGGGAUCAGACAGAUUCAGGAUCAUUUCAUUAUUUUGGUACCUUGGGUGUUUAAACUUUUCAUCUCAAAUGUUGGCAUCUGUAUUUCACCAAUCAAAUCCAGACAGCUUGACAGUGAAAAUAGGUUUUUGAUCUGAACAUACAAUGAAUUUGAGCAGCUUUAAUACCUUUAUUUUUAAUAGUAGACACUUUAAAUUUCUGUCUUUUUAUGAACAGACGUUUUUAAAGUUGCACCACCUACUGAAUAUUUGCGAGAAGGGAAUUCAAGCAGCAUAAAUUCAGACGUAUUUUAAUGUUUAGUACUACAUAAUCAGUAGCAGUUAAGGGUUAUAUGUCAAGCUUUUGACCUCUGCACGAUUUAUUUCAGUUCUCGUACAUGGCAGGUGGUGCCACAUUUACAACUGAUGCCAGUAUGCCCAAAUCACAGCAAUGCACCGACAAAGGCAGGGAAGAAGAAGAAGACUGCGUUUAAGGAAACACAGAUAUAAAUAAUUCGGGACUUAAAACCCUAGAAAACUGCCUUUGUUUUGUGAGGAAGAAAAUGCAUCCAGGACCUUUGAUAAUAACUUGUUUAUAAGAAAAUUCCACAGAGCACCAUUCAUUUCACCAUUAAAGGGCCAGUGGCCUCAGGAUAGCCUCAGGCAGAAACACCUCAGAUUCCUGAUGUGCCAAACAACACAUCGAAGAAACCAUAGCUUUUCUAGUGUAACCUGGCCCUUAGGUCAUAUUAAUAUUAUUAUUAUUCUUAGCUCUUGUAAAUAGAUCAGGUCAGACACGGAUUUAAACCACCUGGCACAGUGUGACGUGGCAUUAUCACAGUGUGUGUAAGGGCCUGUGAGAAAGUACCUGUUAAACUGCAUGUUUGAAUACUAGAAGAUUAAAAGUGCAUUUACACUGCGGAACCUGGGCAGUGCAAGCAGUUCCAGUUGCAUCUACUUAGUUAUACAGUAUGAAGCUGCACAGAUUGAAGCAGGCAAAUUAUUUAGUUUCUUUGUUUCUGAUCUAGUGUUCUCUAAACUUUUUUUUCUUUUGACAUCUGUCGUCAGAUUGGUGAAGGCUUGAAUAGUGAGAGCACCUAAUGAAUAGCGCUCUGGUGGCUCGCCUAGCAGCUGCUCUCCAGCUGUGCCACCAGCAGGGUUUGUACUGCUGUGGUUUGAAAAGAAUGAUGAUGUGGGGCAGUUACAUGUGUAACAGAACCAGCUUUACUGAGACUCAUUUGGAAACCUUGGGCUGUGAAUGUCUGGUAGAAUCUAGCGGCUGUUGUCUUGAUCUGUUGCCUGUUGUAGGAACAAACUGUCCUCUAAUAUCUGUGGCUGCUCUCUUUUGGCUUGUCCUUUUUAUAAAUGUCUUUUGUAACAUGGUGAGGAAGGAGUGUGUGUGUGUGUGCGUGUGUGUGUGAUUGGAAGAGGGUGGGGUGGGAGGGCAAUUUUACAGCACCACAGAGUACUGUAUGUCCUCUACUGUUUCAUCACCAGUUAAAGCCGACUGUCUGUCACAGAAGAUUAUUUUCUCACCAUCACUUUUUCCAGAAUGGGCGCUGACAUGACACCCAGUCCUGUCCUCAUCUACAGCUAAGGCGUUACAUUACAGAACACAUUGUAGUAUGUUGUGGUUGUGUCUCAGUCAGAGGACAGACACAUGCUGAGGGUUUGGUUAAAAGUUUGACUAGAGUUUGCUUCACUCCCCAUGUAGCUAACAGCAGGCUCUGAAUGUUUCCCAACGGGAAAGCCAAGAAACAUUGUGAUAGUGACAGUUUAAGUGUUUGAGCGAAUGUGAAACAAACGUUUUUUUAAUCAUAAAUGUCCCAAUAUUUAACCACCUUAUUUUAUUCUGCACCCAGCCUGGUCCAUCAUCAAGCUGAUAAGAGCUGCUGAACAAAGCACAACUAUAAACCACCAUUGCCAGGUGUUUUGAACAUGAUGCUGCUCGGUUUAACCGGCCUUUCUCUUUGUGAGCAGGGUGAUGCACCAGUGUAUGUGUGAGGAAUAACAUGAGACUUUUUUUUUUUUUACCAUGGCAGAAAAUGUUGCAUGCAUGAAGCUCCCUAAAUGAUGAGAAGUAUUGUAAUUGGGAUGCAAGUGAUGUUGUUAAAUGUGUUCUGUAUGCGCUGCCAUGGCUGCUGCUAAUGGCCACUUGGGGGCAUAUACACUAAUCAUAAGUGACUGGAUGAAUGGAUCAGUGUUUUUCCAUCACCAUUUGGAAAUGGGGCCUUAGUAGCUCAUAUCAGUUGUGGAAGAAACUCUGAGUACAGCGUGUGAGAUCAGAGGCAGCAUUUGUUUCAUGGGGCAGUGUCAGCUGGUGGUUACAGUAGUAACGAAAAGAACCAGGUUUCAACAGCGUGAUAAUCAGGGCACAGUAUUGUCACAUUGCUGGAUACAUAUUUCACUCCAUUAACAAAGAGAUGCCAGUUUUUGAUUUCACUUGAUGAAAACUUGCUGCAGUUUCCUCAACCUUCCAACUACCACUGGCCUUCACAUGUGCACUGCUCCUUGUGACCCACAUUAUUUAUGUUAACAUGACAAAAAUCUUCUUAACUCUAGGUCCACGUAACAGCUUUUUGCAGAGCUUUCAACCAUGUAUUACGGUAUAUGGAGUUUGCUCAUUGGUUGAGGUAUUUAAAAAACAAAAAUAAAAAACGAUCUCGAGUUAGGACUAUUUUGUCAAAGGUUGUUCUGGUCAAGAAUGUUGUUUCACAUUUGACUUCUGUUGUUCAUGUUCUACAUGUUAAUGUACCAAGUCAGUAUAUCCUGUUAACUUUAAUGUCAGUGUAAAUGGCUCAUUCAAACCACAGGGGACACUACAAGUUCAAGGGUUUCCCAUAUUUUUUAGUUUUAGGGAAGAGAGUAGUCUCAGAAGCUGAGGCGCCCUGGUAGGAGUGUGUCAGGGGUGUAAAUCAACUGCUCGAGACGGAACUCCAUGAAAACAGCUUCAUUCCUGUCUCAUUUGGCACUUGUGUGUCUGGUUAGCUGUCUGUAUGUGUGUAAGUGUAUACUGCAUCCUUGUUUGGACAAUAAACCUGAAUCUGUGUGUUCAACAUGGGGCACAGAGUGCUGUUGCUUAUGUUCUCACUAAUAAAAACAAACAAAAAAAAGUU